CCCCUAGCCCCAGCCAGAAGCUCAACAGAGAGGAAUCUCUCUCUGGGCUGGAAACUUAAAUAUUUGCUGUUUUUCUUCUGCCCAUUUUAACAGCCAGCACUUGCACAUUGACAAGGCAACUCACAGGUCACAAUGUGCUCUGUAGUCAGAGUCACUGAUGACAAAGGAAUCGGUGUGCAAGGAGACAGCUGUUACCAUCAGGGAUCCAAUGCACCUCUCCUCAAAAUUCCACUGCAUAGGGGUUAAGACAACAACCUGGCAGAGCCAACGUGUCAGAGAGAUCCUCCUGCAGGUGCAGUCUGCCCAAAGUAGAGGUGAUGACACAGCUCUGAAGAGCACCUGCUUUAUUAUACAGGUCCAGCCCUACCAGGGGUUUUGGCUGUUUGCCGACGACACGGCUCUAAAUGGCAUCCGCCUGCUCUGCACAGAUGGCACAGUCAUUGAGUCCUCCGUGGGAUGGUGGGGAAACUGGACUGAGGCCCAGCUCUGCUCCAGCAACAAGCUGGUUUCCUUCUCCCUGCGUGUGGAAAAGUGGCAGUACUUUCGUGACAACACAGCAGUCAACAAUGUGAGGUUCGCCUGCUCAAAUGGAACAAAGCUGGAGGGCUGGGGACUUUCAGGGGGUCACUUUGGCCCAUGGAGCAGCAACUGCACCUCUGGGGCUAUCUGUGGGCUCCAAACAAAGGUGGAGGGACCCCAGGGAAAGAGGGAUGACACAGCUCUCAAUGACCUGAGAGUCUUCUGCUGUCAGUAACCCAACUCCCCACCAUA